UUGGAUGGUAUUGGGGAAGAAGCCUAGUGGUUCUCAAACCCGGUGGAUGAGUCUAGUAUAGGCUACCCGGAGUAAGGGACGAGACGGAACAAUGGCGACAAAUGUGGACCUGGAUCAGUCCCCAGAUGCUACUGCAGACAAAUGCAGCCGUUAUGAACUGCUGAACUGGCUAAAUAAAAAUCUAGACAUCAAAUUUACCAGACUGGAACAGAUAUGUUCAGGUUCCUGCUACUGCCAGCUGAUGGACUGGCUCUUCCCAGGGUGUAUAGACCUGAGCACAGUGAAGUUCCAGGCUCAGGACAAGACAGACUUCCUCCACAACUACAACCUGCUCCAAGCUAGCUUUAAAAAGACAGGUGUCACUAAGAUUGUUCCAGUGGAGGAGCUGAUAGACGGAAAGUUCCAGCCUAACUUCGUAUUCCUAAAGUGGUUCAGGAGGUUUUUCCAGACAAACCUGGCAGAGCAGGUGUAUAACCCUUUAGAGGCUCGCCAAGGCCAGGAUAUUCAGCCUGCCAGACCUCCCCUUCGCUCCCCUCUGGGACAAGGCUUAAAGGGCCGUAAGACAGCCAGCCGUAGCCCCAGCCUAUCAGCGGGGUUAGAAACCGAUACGGACGAAGAAGCUUCAGUGAAGUACCAAAGGAAACGUAUUGUUUAUGAUAAUACAUGGGAAGAGUCAUACAUCUGGGUGAAGCCAAGCGCCCUAGGAGAUAUAUAUGCCUACUGCAGUCUGUGUGACCUAAACCUCAACAUCUUUCACUCUGGCUUGUUUGACCUCAAGCGUCACUCACAGAGCAAGAGGCACCACAGUCAUUGCCUGUCUGCCGGUGAUGGCGCUCUCAUGCCUUCAGGUAACAGCAGGCCGGACGGCAGCCCUCCACGCUGUAGUAAACUGGUCUUGCAGUUCAUUCAGUCUUAUUGUAACUCAACGGUCGCGGACCGUGUGUCUAAACAAUACGGCAGAUAUGUCAUGGGACUACAGUACCCAAAAGACAUAGUCUCUGCCUGCCAAAAUACUCCUUAUUGCUUAUAUAUUUACGGAGGAGUGGCCCUAGAGGGGACUGGCGUGGCUUCCGUAGUUCUAGUGGGGUAUUUCAAUGUGAAGGCAGCCAGACAUUGCAUCAGCCUGCUGGAUGUCCUGCAGCCUUUAACUGAUGGCAGUGACGUGGCUCCAGUGGACACCGUGAGGAGGUUUGGGCUUUCCGCGGCUAACCUCGCUGCUCUUUACCUACACGGUAACGGUGCUGCCUCAGAGCAGAUUUGCUCGCAGCUCAGGGAGCUGAACCCCAAUGUGCUGGUGCUGGAUGGGCUGUACGGAGUAGCUGAUGCAGCCUGCCACGCCGGGAUGGCCGAGCUCUCCACUCAGGUCCAGGAGCUCAUAGUAGACAUUUACACCCACUACUCAUCCUGCUCCAGCAAGGAUGCCAACCUGGGGGAGCUGUUUGCCAGCAUCUGCAGUGCGAGUGGCCUCAAGCUUCCCCUCACCACAUCUUGCCUUAGCUUCUGCACGUUAGUCCGGAAGGUUCUGGGGAAAUGGACCCAUCUCGUCACCUACUUCAGCUCCUCUGAUGAGGGAGAUACGAAAGCCAAGCUGAUCUGCACACAGCUGCAGGAUGUGAAACUCAGGGCUACGUUUAUGUUUCUGGACCAGGCCCUGGAACCUCUCCGUGCCUUUCAGGAGCGUUUGCAUCACCACGAGGGCUCAUCUCGGGCUGACCUCGUUCAGGUCCUACAGGACGCCAGCAGCCUCCUGCGCUCCUAUGCUUCCAGUUUCCUCCGGCCUCAGGCUGUCGUGUGCUUCCUCAAAGAUUGCGAUACCUCACUUCUUAAAACCCAGGAGUGCCACCUGCCAGUGGAAGAGCUGAAUGUGGGCGGGGGUGCUGUGGAGGACUUCCUGUGCGAGAUAUCGGAGACAGGAAGUGAAACCCUGCGAUCAUUUCGGGAACAGGCUUUGUCCUUCUACAGUGUGCUCACAGCCAGCCUGGCGGAGGGACUGCCCCUGAGUGAUGCCCUGUUGAGGAGCAUAGCCCAGCUACUGAGCCCUCAGGACAGGCUGACGAUAACAGGGAAGGCUGUGGGAGAACUGGGGGCAAAGUUGGGGCUUUGCAGCACACCUGAGGAGAUCAACAAGCUCAACAAGGAGUUUCUGGAUUACCAGCUGGCAGAGGAAGAAGAGGGACAAAGGGAAGUAAAUGGUAGUAAUGGGGGUGUCCAGAAUGGUUCGGUAGCAUCCUCACUGGAGCAACAUUGGAGUAUGGUGCUGAAGGCAUCUGGAUCGACCAGCAUCUUCAGGAAACUUGCUUUGACCCUCUUAGCCAUGCCCUGCCCCCCACUUGAAGCUCAGAAGGUCUUCACUCAGGCUGUGGUGAAUGGGGACAGCGCCCAGUUAACUGACAGUUUGACAGAGAGUGAGCUGGACUCCAUUCAGGAAUUAGACCUGACCAAUGACAGCACUCUCUCAGACAAUAGUGGUGUCAAUGGGGCUGUCAGGAAGAAGAAAAGUAAAGGUCGCCCCAGAAAGAGUCUAUCAGAGGUGAAUUACGUUAAUGGGCCAGUGAAGCCAUGCACAGUGCGGCUGCAGAAGAUAUUCAACGGGUCAAAUAACGAGGACAGUACGGUGUUUGUAGAGGACGAUGUAGUUUGGACAAACACUACUGAGGGCACCAUUAGGGGCAUUUAUGGCUGGGAGAGCAGCUUACGCCAGAAGCCACAGGCGAGAACUGUGUUUCAGGCUGGUGCCGGCGUCUGGGCCAAGCCACAGGCUCUUGACAACGGCAGCAAAAAGGACCAGGAGUCCGAGGCCGCGUCGCUCCCAAACAAUCAGAAUCAUUCAUCCGCCUCACCAAGCCCCAGGUCAGCAAAGAAGGGUGUUGAUUACCAGCUUCCUAAGAAUCAGAAUCAGUCAUCCUCAUCCAGCAUGUCCUCAUCCAGCAUGUCCUCACCGAGCCCCAAAUCAGCAAAGAAGGGCGAUUACCAGGAUGGCAAGGGGUUCCUCACUGGAGAGCUAGUGUGGGGGAAGGUGAAAGGUUUCUCCUGGUGGCCUGGACUUGUGGUACUCUGGAAGUCCAGUAAGCCACCGGCUAUAUCCAUGCGACGGGUGGAGUGGUUUGGCGACGGGAUGUUUUCUGAGAUUUUUGCAGAGAGGCUUCUGCAUUUUGCAGCUUUCACAAAGUGUUUCUGCAAGAAUUCCUAUGCCAGCUUGCCAACCUACAAAGAUGCCAUCUACCAGGUUCUUGAGUUGGCCGGUGAACGCUGUGAGAAGUCCUUUCAAAAAGCGGUCAAUAAAGAGGAGGAGCUGAAACUGAUGCUGGACUGGGCACACGGUGGAUUCCUUCCCACUGGGCCAGAUGGGUUUGCCCCUCCCCCCGCUGCAGCUCCCAAAGAUUCAAAGUUUGACUCUUCCGAUUCGACUCUGUCGGACUACCAGCCCCCAGCUAAGAGGAAAAAUGUGUGCAAGAGCAGACCAUCCAGUGGGAAUACAAGCCACAGCAGAGAGGCAAUGGUAAAAGAUGUCACUAAAGGCAAGAAGAUCGACGAGUUCUGCCUGUCAUGUGGUUCCCCCGACACCCACACCUUCCAUCCGCUGUUUGUAGGGAGCCUCUGCCAGAAGUGCAAGGAGAAUUUCAUUGAGACCUUGUACAGGUAUGACGAAGAUGGCUACCAGUCCUACUGCACUGUCUGUUGCGGUGGCCUUGAGGUCAUCCUCUGUGGCAACGCCAGUUGCUGCAGGUGUUUCUGCAAGGACUGCCUCAACAUCCUGGUGGGUGAGGGAACCUUUGACAAAUUGAAGGACGUGGACCCAUGGAGCUGCUUCAUGUGCUUACCGUCCCAGUGCAACGGAAACCUCAAGCUGCGGCCUGACUGGAGCGUGCGUGUCCAGGAGUUCUUCGUCAAUAACAGUGCCCUUGAGUUUGAACCUCACAGGGUGUAUCCCUCAAUCCCUGCCAAUCAGCGCAGACCCAUACGGGUUUUGUCUCUCUUUGAUGGAAUUGCCACAGGGUACCUCGUACUCAAAGACCUGGGCUUCAUAGUGAAACGCUACAUUGCCUCAGAGAUCUGUGAAGACUCUAUCGCUGUGGGAAUGAUCAAACAUGAGGGCAAGAUUGAACAUAUCAAUGACGUACGCACCAUCACAAGGAAACAUCUGGCCGAAUGGGGGCCUUUUGACCUUCUGAUUGGAGGAAGCCCUUGCAAUGACUUGGCUUGUGUCAACCCUGCUCGAAAGGGCUUAUUUGAGGGAACAGGAAGACUGUUUUUUGAAUACUACAGAAUGCUGACCAUGAUGAGACCAAAGGAAGAUGAUAACCGUCCGUUCUUCUGGCUCUUUGAGAAUGUGGUGGCUAUGAGCGCUCAUGACAAGGCCGACAUAUGUCGCUUUCUUGAGUGCAAUCCCAUCCUAAUUGAUGCAGUAAAAGUGAGUCCAGCACACAGAGCACGCUACUUCUGGGGAAACCUCCCUGGCAUGAACAGACCUCUAGCUACUUCUUUGGAUGACAAGGUGGACCUACAGGAUUGUCUGGAGCUUGGGCGCAAGGCCAAGUAUAACAAAGUUCGUACCAUCACCACCAAGUCCAACUCCAUUAGACAAGGGAAAAUGGGACCACUACCGGUCGAAUUUAAUGGCAAGGAAGACUACCUUUGGUGCACAGAGAUGGAGAAAAUCUUUGGCUUUCCCAAGCAUUACACGGAUGUCAACAACAUGGGUCGAAGCCAGCGGCAGAAGGUAUUGGGACGAUCAUGGAGUGUGCCAGUUAUACGCCACCUCUUUGCUCCACUCAAAGACUACUUUGCCUGUGAGUAGGUAGGAGGUCCAUUGCUGUAUGCCGAACCAUUGUCAAUCACAACAGCAAUAUUAAUGUCAGAUUUUUGGUGAAGGGAGGGUAAAACAUUUUAUAAUUAUCCUUCCCUGCUUUUCAGUGAACGGUGCUAACAGUUUCUCAGACUGAACUCACAGUUUUGAGUUGCUUCUGUUUUUAAUGCAGUGUGGUCCCAAAAUAUUUCCAGAAUGCACUGACACUUUGGUUCUUUCGGUUAAUCUGAAAUAGUUCAUGUUUGUUUUGUUAACAUUUGGUCAAAGAUGGUGAUAUCAGUGCUCAAACCAUGCCUACUGUCUACCUCAGUAAUGAUCUUUGAUUGGUCUGACAUCUGCGGAGACACAGUUUUAUCGCUAUUUAAUUUGAAGAAAUUAAAAUUAUACAUUUUACAGUGCUUUGAAAUUAUUCAGGAUUUUUAUCAUUUAUUGUCCAUUUGAAUGUUAUACAUUGAGUUAGAAUAAAUCAUGUUCACCUUCUAGUGGUUUGGUACAUGUUUGAAAAACAUCUUUCUAGAGAUUUGAAAGUCACAAACUCAGAUUUAAACUAAGGCAGGAUAUAGGCCUUUUAAUAUUUGCUUGUAUUUUACCAUGGUUAAUAUUUACCAUGGUUAGUCUCCGAUGUGCUGUGUUAGGGUUUAUAAUUGUAUUUUAUCCAAGAGGUGGCCACAGGACUCACAAUUUCAAUAACAUUGUCUCACUUGUUGAAACAUGCAUGUGUGCCUUCUCCCUGUCUUUGAGCAUUGUAAUUAUUCUUAAUUCUUAAAUGUACAAACCGAGCUGGAAAAAGCUCUGGAAACUGGAGUACAUAAAACAAAUUCUUGUUAAUUCUUUCAUCUCAGUAAAGCAGAUACCCAAGAACUGUGUCAAAUUGGGGCACUUUUUGUGAAAGCAAUUGUUUCAAACUGACUUCCGAACUGUUCUUCCGAUGUACAUUAAGGUCACCAAGAGGACCUACUGAACUGGCCACUUUAGUUUCAUGCAUAUGUGAGACUAGUAUUGUUGUAGUAUGUUAUGUUUGUUGAUGACUGCAACACAACAAGCUUUCAUGAAAUACUGUGAAUUUACACUAAACUCUGAAGUAAUGAAUACGGUUGGUCAUUUGGUUUUAUUGAGUUUUUUUCCUCUAUCAAUUUUGUUUGAACCCCUUAUUAUUUCCCUCCACCACACAGAUUUCUUAUGUACUGUAUGACACAUGUGGUGACUGUGGUGACUGAUAUCCACCGUAUCUCAAGAGACUGAACAAAUACUGUUUUUAAUAAGCACAACUAUCUAAAUACCAGAUGGACAGUGAUUCACAUUCAUGAUGCUAGCCUUAACAAUCGUUUUUUUAAAUGAAAUGUAAAGAACAAUAUUGUUCGGUGUACUGUAUGUUUCGAUUAUACUUUAUACCAAUACCUCAACAUUUAUUGUUAGGGUCAACACUAGAUUCCUAUUGGUGCUAUAUUAUUGUUCAAAUGUUUGUUAUUUUUUACAUUUUUUGCAUGGUGUGUUGAUAUUAAGAUAAUGUUGGUCAAGCUACAUUCUGCUGUAGUUGUCAACAUGUGUGUUUAAUGUAUAGUUGUCAUAUAGUCUCAUAACCCCAUGUAAAGCUCUUGUUCCUAGUCUAUGAUCAUGUUAGAGAUUAGAAAUAAACUGCCCUAAUUAUA